AUGGGCAGCACCACCGGAGCCAGCCUCCUCCGUGCCCUGCUGUUCGCGUCGCUCUUCGCCGGGUUCGCGGCGCAUCUCGCCGCCGGGGAGAAGGACUGCUACGACGAGAGGGACAGCGUCAUCCGCAUGUGCAAGUGGACCAUCAAGAAGGGGAGCCCCUACGUGAUCCCGGACAUGCCCUGCCGCCUCGAGGUGAGGAAGGUGGACAUGCCCUGCAUCUGCCGCGUCCUCACCGCCGCCGACGAGCGGAUCAUCAGCCCCGAGAAGCUCGUCCGCUGCUCCCGCGAAGCCGGCGUCGCCCUCCCCGUCGGGAGCAAAUGCGGGACCUACACCAUCGUGGCGCCAGCGCCACCAUCCGCGCAUGCGUGA